AUGCAGCUCGAUAGAUGCGCAGUUGAAGUUUCCCAGCUUCGUUCAAGUGUUUGCAGGCUCAAGUCGGAGACCGGGCGCUCAUCGCUCUCUACUGCCGCGACCAGUCCAGUCCAGCGUGGCAAUCUGGUUGUGCACAGGCCAAAUGUGUUGGCUGCGUCCACUACCUAUGGGACGUGGGUUCGCGCGCCGCCCCCUCUCGCGAGGGGUAUACCCAUGGCUAUAUGGAAUACUCAAGGAAUAGUGAAUUGGGACGCCGCCGAAUCCGUGGGCCUGGCCCCUCUGAUCCUCCCAGGACUCCCACCUUGGCCAGGACAACAGCUCCUGUCGGGUCGCGAGCGACGCUGGAUAGCGCAACCGGUUUUGCGAUCCAUCUCGUUCACGGGAUGGAAUGCGUGGGCCCAGCUAGAAAUCCAUGCCCAGCUCCGCGAGGAUAUCCUUAUACCUUGA